GCUGAUGAUUCCUAUCCGCCCCCGCAUGAUGUUCCCAGACGCGCCAAGGCAGCGCCGAGACACACCGACGCAACUCUCAGAUGUUCCAUUAUGAUAGAGAGGGGGCCGGCAGCAGGGGGCGAAACCCUUACAAAUAACAUCUUGCUCUGCUGAUGGUCGGCUUCACCAACUAACAAUGCACAGGGUUGUGCCGCCACGUGCACGCGCACGGCGUUUCCAUAAGCUUCUGAGCAACACUUCUCGGACGUCGUGGCACAAAGGCACCCUGAGCUGGCCUCCGGGCCGCAGUGGGUGUGCACCCAACGCCUCGGCGACCGACAAUGGCUCGGCCAAGCGCUUGGCGCGGAGCUCCUCCAGCUGGCGCCUGCACUUGGCCUCUCCGGGCCCGUCGCCCGACAGGUGGAGCUCCACCAGCUGGGCCAGCCUGGCCUCCUCGGGGUCGGCGUCGGGGGCCAAGGCCUGGGCGCCGGCGUUGAUGCGGACGCCUCGGCUGCUGGCGCGCGAGGCCGCGCCUCCGCCCGCGCCGCCGCGGACGCGCGCGGGGGGCGGGCGUCGCCUCCUCCGCCGCCGGCGCCUGCGGCCCGCGAGGGAGGGCGCCGUGCCCGCGGCUCUGGGGGCGCCUCGGGCCGCAGCCCCUGCUGCCGAGCACGCUGGGGGAGGAGGAGGAGGAGAUGCAGGAGGAGGAGGAGGAGGAGGAGGAGGAGAUGGGAGAGCGAUGGGCGGCAGACUGUAGAGAAAAAACUCCAGCCGCUGCCCCGCGCGGCGCAAUGCCGAAGCGGGCCUUGUGAUAAAACAAGUAUACCGCCGUAAAUGGUGGCACGGGUGGAUAAGAUGAUGUAGCACACGAGUGUAAAAGCUGAAGCAACAGAAGUGCUGAGCUAUGGGCGCCCCCCCCCCGGGUCAAAAGCCAGGCGUCUCAGCCAAUGGCGCCUGGGGGGUCAGCUACGAGUGCACUGGGCCUCGGGGUUGCCCGGGAAUCACUACUGGACGCCCCGCCUUCUGGCAUGCCCCAGGACCGCACGUGCAUGCCAAAGCAAGCCUGGGUAAAAAAACAGGUGCGCCGACCCUGCAAUGGCUGGCUAGGGUGCGAAACGAUUAAUAAUGUGGCACAUGAGUGCAAAGAAACCUGCAGCAACACAGCUGCUCAGCUACGGGCGCCCCCCAGGGCAAAAGCCAUUCAUCCCAGCAAAUGGGGCAUGAGUAGUCAGCUACGAGUGCACUGGGCAUGCCAAAUCGACGGCCUGGGGUUGCUCGAAGCUCUGGGAAUCCAUACUGGACGCCGCGCCCCGCAAAAGGCAGGCCCCAGUGCCGCAUGUGCAUGAGAAGCAAGCCUGCGCAGAAACCAGGUGCGCCGACCCUGAAGUGGCUGGCUAGGGUGGACAAGAUGAUGUGGCACAUGAGUACAACAUAAACAAGUAGGGCCUGUUGACAUCUCGUGCAGACCACGACAGGUUCUUAGAACAUUACUUGGUAGGCCCGUAUGGGGGGCAAGCUGGACCGGGACGACUCGCCACUGCUCGACCGCGGGCGCCUCGCGCGCGGGGUGCACCUGCCGGGGCUUCCCCCUGCGUGCCCUCCCGCGGCCGCCUCGGGACGGGCGGCCCGUGGUCGCCUCCCGAGCUGGCUGCGGGCGCCCCGUGGGCGGCCGGUGCGCGGGGCGCCCAGAGGUCGGGCGCACAGCGGCAGCGCGCAGCCUGCACGGCACAGCUGUCACCACACACGGCUUCUUCGAGGAGAAUCGAGCGCGACCACCGAUCCCCAUCCACGCGGAUCGGCAUCCACGGUUCUGGGCUGCGGGCUGCGCGGUCGCGGCUGGCGUGGUGAGUGAGCUAUACCCGUGACAAUCACUGCCCGGGCCAACGUGCGAAACUCCCGAAAACGGAAUUCCGCCACACACACGCCGGUGUCGGCGCCACGUUGCUUGCACUGCAUGGGUUGCACCGCGCAGCUUGCGCCAGCCACAUACCACUCGCACAGCGUAGCUUGUGCAACAUAUAUUUCACC